AUGAAUGUUACUAACUUGAAAACAGAUGUCGAUACAGACAUUGAUAUUAAAAAUGAGUAUGAUCGAGAUCAUGAUGUGGACAGGGCGCGAAGCUUCGAAGGCCGUUUAAACCAAUUCCUUCACAAAGCCAAGACAACAACCACGACGACGGAGAUGACGAGGACAAUAACACCAGUCCUUCAACGAAGAAUAACUCGCUCGCAAUCCUCCUCUCUCUCACCAUCAACCACACCAUCGAACGAAAUUAAAAAAUCACCAUCUCCUUCACCCAGCAAGACACCUACUCUACAAGAACAAUCCCGCUCUCCGAUCCGCAAACGCAACCCAAGGACCUCCAAACCAGCCACAACCACCACAACAGUCUACUCACCCCCCUCCCGCCUCCGCGACUCCAUAACCCCAAACCUAAUCCUCCUCCUCAUCGGCGUAAACCCCGGCAUCCUGACAGGCUCAACAGGCUACGCCUACGCACACCCUUCAAACCUCUUCUGGAAACUCCUCCAUUCAUCCGGUAUCACCACCGUCCGACACCCACCCAGCGACACCUACAAACUUCCGGAAUUGUACAGCGUCGGAAACACGAAUAUCGUUGAGCGUCCGACUAAAGACGCAAGUAUGCUUUCCAAAGCGGAGAUGGAUGCUGGUGUACCCAUCCUCGAAGCCAAGAUCGCAGCCCAGAGACCGGAAGCGGUUGCCCUAGUGGGGAAGAGUAUAUGGGAAAGCGUAUGGAGGGUUCGGCAUGGACGAGGUAUAAAAAAGGAGGAGUUUAGGUAUGGAUGGCAGGACGACGACGAGAAUAUGGGACGGUGUGAAGGGUGGGAUGGAGCGAGGGUAUUCGUGGCUACGACGACGAGUGGGUUGGCUGCAACGAUGAGUAUGCAGGAGAAGGAGGAGGUUUGGAAUGAGUUGGGAGCGUGGGUGAAGAGGAGAAGGGAGGAGCGUAGUCUUAUUUCAUCUCAAUCAUAG